CUCUCUCUCCUGUUCUCUCUCUUUCUCUCCCAAAGUGGGUGAGACAGGAGUACACAGGUGUAUUAACAGAUGAGAGAGAGAGAGAGAGAGAGAGAGAGAGAGAGAGAGAGAGAGAGAGAGAGAGAGAGAGAGAGAGAGAGAGAGAGAGAGAGAGAGAGAGAGAGAGAGAGAGAGAGAGAGGAAACAAAGUGCCGAGUUAUCACUUCACCGAAGUUUAAUCGUGUCUUGCGGAGCCUUCACCAGAAGCUGAGCAGGGAUGGCAGUGAAAGUGCCUUCAUCUGUCUGAUGAGUCUGCCUCAGGUGGACAUUAAAGGGCCAGGAGAGAAACCAUAGCCGUAGAGUAACUACAUGGACUGAGCAGUGCUACUAUUACUUUGCUUGUUGAUUGAGUGAAGGUGACUUUCACUGUCCUGAAUUAAGCUGGGAAUCCGCUGGAAAGAAGUCGGACACUUGUUGUUGACCUACUUGGCAUAGCGUUUGUGUAUUUGUUAUUUAUUUUUUUAGCAAGUUUACAUUUAAUUCAAGCUUGCAUCAGUCACCAUGUCUGGAACCAGCGAUCUACUACACAAAUCGACCCUAUCUGUGUACUCGGUGAGUACUGUUUCAAAGACUGAACGUUGACUUCUCUGUUUCAUGCUAUUUGGCCUUUUAUUUGUGCAUCCAACUGUUGUUGGGGAUGUUAUUUUAAGAUAAGUGUAUUUUUACGGUUGUUUCGGUUGACUUCAUAUGUAAUACCAGGUCUCGUAUACCUACAGCUAUGCAUUGCUUUUUGAAAUGGUUCAUAUUGCAUGUGCUAUGGGUUGCCUUCCUUCAUGUCUGUUUUCUGUCUUCUUUCCAGAACUUGAUGGACCAGUUCAACCCAGGACUUCAGAAUCUGGUUACUUUAGGGAACAGCUAUGUCAAGGCCUUUCAAGCCUUGGGAGUUUGCAGUGAAGCGUACUUCAGUGCUGUGGCCAAAAUGGGAGAACAGGCUAUGCACACACUUUCCUCCCGCUCACUCGGAGAUGUGUUGGUCCAGAUCUCAGAGACUCAGAGGCGGCUAACAGCAGAGAUGGAAGGCGUGUUCCGCUGGUUCCAGGUCGAGGUUCUGCAGGCCAUGGAGAAGAAGGUGAAGCUGGAUGAGGAAUACAUGGAUGGCAGCCGCAGGGUGUAUGAGCUGGAGGUCAGGAACCAAGCAGAGGCCCUCGAGAAACAACUCAGACGAGGGACCUUCAGGGACUCACUGGAGAACAGUGAGUACAUGCAGUACCUGAGGCAGAGCCAGCAGGAGAUCCUGAAGGAGGAGGAGAGGAGGUACCGCUUCCUUGCCGAGAAGCACUGUGGCCUUAGCCAAUCACUGCUCUUCCUCAUCAACAAGACAGGCGGCUCCCUGCAGCAGAAAGCCGACGGGUGGAAGGAGAAAAUGAACGAGAACAAAGGGGCCAGACCUCGAACGCCCACGCCUGCUGAUCAGGAGGCCCAGCUGCGCGGGUCGGUGAGCUCCCUGCUGCAGACGGUGGCCAGGGAUGAAGACAUGUCUUGGGCACGCAGGGAGCAGCAGGCCCUGGGCAGAGUGCCCUCUAGAGCUCCGUCCCCGCUGCCCAGCCGCUCCCGGUCCAGCUCGGUGGGGGAGUCCCUGGGCCUGACCCCGGGGAGGGCCAUGCGGGCACUGGUGGCCCACCCGGCCUCCUCCAACCCCAAGCUGCUGUCCUUCACCCGGGGGGAGACGGUCACCGUGCUGCUCCUGGAGCCCCGCAACGGCUGGCUGUACGGCCGCACCGACGCCAACCUGCGCCAGGGCUGGUUCCCUGCAGCCUACGUGGCCCCUGUUGAGGAGCAGGUCAACUCUCUAGCCAUCAGUGACACCACGGUGAGGAGCAGCAGCAUGAACAACCUCCUGGACCCGGCUGACAACGCGGCCGACCAAUCAGAGAGCAAGAGCUACGGCGACGUCCCGCCUCCGGCCACGCCCAUCCGCCGGGCCUCGGUGGACGUGCGAGCCGGCUCGCCGAGGGCGGAGCCUGCCGCGGACGCCGGGCCCAAUAACCCAGCGAGGAGGAGAUACAGCGAGCUGCCCCCGCCCCCGCCCCCUCCCCCGCCCCUACAGGGUCCCGUCAGGGGGCCGGCGGACUUCAGACCCGUCUCCCCGCUGCCCGAGGCGAACCUUUCACCAGCCGGCCCAGAAAACCCCCUCUUUCCCAGGGGGACCAACCCAUUCGCCACCGUCAAGCUCCGUCCGACCACCACAAAUGACAGAUCUGCUCCACGGGUCCUUUGAUCUGUCAUCGCUCCGUCACCCUACCGCCUGAGGUUGGUGAUCACGGAGCUUCCUCUGCCUGCCUGAUAGACCAGACAGGCCUCAGGGAGGUCCCUCCUUAAAGGGGAGAAGUCAUGCGUGGCUAUAUUGUAAAUCAGAGAGAAGAGAAAUCUCUGCCACAUCAACUUUGUUUUACACAAGAAAAAUAUUUUACCAAAUUUAUUAUUUUUACCAUAUUUACCAUUAACAUCCACAAUGGUCCAACUUGCGGUUCAUCUUGCAGGCCGCAGGCUCCCAUAUUAGAAAAUAGCGAAUGUGACAGUUCCCCUUCAAGCCCUGG